AGUAAAAAUAUCUUUUGACGGUGAAAUAUCCGUACUAAAUAAAUUAAAAAGAAAUAUACUAUAUAAGUUUUGUAUUUAAUAUUUUAAAAUGGAAUGGAAACGUGCAAAUAUUUCAAGACUUCGAGAAAGAAAUAAACAAUCAGCAGCUUAUAAAGAAAUAAUCGGCCAAAACAAUAGGUUAUUGGAUUCUGUAUCACAACUUAAGAAUGAUUAUCUAAAAAUAUCUGUAGAGAAUGAACAAUUAAGAAUGAUGCCCGAAGGGGCAGCUGGUUCAUCUUCAAAAACAAAUCUUCAAAUAGCAGCACUAGAAAAGAAACUUCUUAAUCAGCAGGAAGAAUUAGUAGAGCUUCAUCGUAUGAAUGGAAAAAAUGCACAGCGUGUUGAUAAACAAGACAGAAUAAUUAAAGAGAAGGAGGAAAGCCUUAAAGAACAGACUGAAAAAAAUAAUAGUUUAAAAGCUGAAGUUCAAAUGCUCAAAAGUAGUUUAGAAGAAUUAAAAAGUUUAAAUGCUAUUUUAAGAGAUGAACAUACUGCUUUACAAUUAGCUUUUAGUGCAUUAGAGGAGAAAUUAAGAAGUACACAAAAUGAAAACCGUGCAUUAGUUGAUCGAAUAUUAAAAUUUAAAUCAAAAGAUGCCGAAGAAUUAAAUCGUGAAAAUGAAAGCUUCCUAAAAUUUCCGUCAUUCUUCCACAGAAAGCGUUCCGAUAAAGUCAAAAGAGAUCUCGAGGAUGCCGUACGUGAAACAAGCAGAAAUAAUUCCAUUAGUCCAGUUCCAACUCGUAGCGGUAGUAUAUGCGGUAUUGGUGGCGGUCUUGGAGUUGGUCCUAGAAAUUUUGUAAUUGAUGGUAUUGGUGAUAGUAUAUGUGAUGAAAAUAUAUCUGUUGGUAUACCAGCAACAAUGACUGGCUGUUAUAGUGAUUCAAUUCCUACAAAUAUUCUUUUAGAAUUUGAUGCACAUGAUGGCGAAAUAAAUGCAGUUCGAUGGAGCCCAGUUGGUUUAAUUUUAGCAACAGGUGCUGCAGAUAGAAAAAUUAAAUUAUGGGAUGUUGGAAAAAUGAUUUCAGGAAUGGCAGAGUCUCGUGGAGUUUUAAGCGGUUGCAAUGCUGCAGUCAAUUCAAUAGAAUUUGAUUCAACUGGAUCUAUAGUACUAGGUGCAUCAAAUGAUCAUGCUACCAGAUUAUGGACAAUUCAAGAUCAACGUGUUCGGACUACAUUAACUGGUCAUUCGGCAAAAGUAAUGGCAGCAAAAUUUUUACAAGAACCAUCAAAAGCUAUUACUGGUAGUCACGAUAGAACUUUGAAAUUAUGGGAUUUACGUACUGUUGCAUGUGUUGAAACAAAAUUUGCUGGUUCUAGUUGUAAUGAUUUAGUAACAAUCGAUAGUUUAGGUUCAACGAUAAUCAGUGGUCAUUUUGAUAAAAAAUUACGUUUUUGGGAUACUCGUGCUGAUCAUACAGCAAAUGAAAUAGUAAUGCCAGCUAGAAUAACAUCAUUAGAUUUAUCCAAAGAUCAUAAAUAUUUAAUUUGUGGUGUUAGGGAUGAUACCAUAAGGAUAUUAGAUUUACGAACCAAUCAAAUUAUUGGAAGUUGCUCACACGAUAAUUUCAAAAUGAGUUGUGAUUGGGCUAGAGUCGCAUACAAUUGCAAUAGUAAUAGAAUAGCAGCUGGUUCAUCAGAUGGGUCAAUUUUCGUAUGGAAUGAUAAGGGUGAUUUUGAAGCACGUUUAGAAGGUCAUAUACCCCGGUACCGAAAUUUUUUCUUUCUUAGUUGUGCUGUAAAUGCUGUCAGUUGGCACUCAAACAGUUCAGUUUUAGCAACAGUUGGCAAAGGAAAAAAAUGUAUUGUUUGGUCUGAUGGAUAGAAAUAAAUUCGCAGAAAUAUUUUACCAUAAAUAUUACAAAAAAAAAAAAAACAAAGCUUUUUUUUUUUAAAUAAAUAACUUAGAAGAAAAAUAUACAAAAAUGUGAUGUUCUUCAAUGUUCGACUUUGAUGUUAAAUUUCAAAUAUUUUAUAGAUAGAUAAUGUAUUGUAUUGGCUUAAAUUUACUAUGUCCUAUCCUGUACCAAAAACUACUAGGAUUAAAUGAAAAAAAAACAAAAA